AUGCGCUUCACAACGCUCGCUGUCUUCUUUGCCUGUGCUUUUGUAAUUUCAGUGAGUUUCAGUUUUUUGAAACUUAUUGAAAAAUUCAUCGUUUGUUUCUUAUAGGGCAGCGUUCUUCGUGAGAAGAGACAAUGUGGAUGUCAAGCACUUCAGCAAUCACAAUGUUCAUGCCAACAAGUUCAACAAACUCAAUCAUGUUCUUGCCAAUCUGCUCCAGUUUCUACACAAUCUUCAUCGUGCUCUUGCGCUCAACAACAAACCCAACAAACUCAAACUAUUCAGGUAAUUUAUAAUAACUAAAAAUAUGAAAUGAGACCUUAUCUCAAUUCUGUAGAACAAAAGAGAUUGAUUUUCUAUUUUUGACUAAUAUUUUUUCGAAUUCCAGGUCCAAUCUAGCCAAUGUGCUCCAGCUUGUCAACAAAGUUGCUCACAACAAUGCCAAUCAAGCCCGUCCGUAUCACAAUGCCAACCACAAUGCCAACAACAGUGCCAAUCUCAAUGCACCCCAAUGUACAAUCCAACAACUUCAACAACCACAACCACAACUACACAAGCCCCAGUUUAUUACACUCAAGCUUGCCAACCAGUGUGCCAACAACAGUGCCAAUCCUCGUGUGUUGCUCAACAACAACCAGUUGCCCAAUGCCAGCCACAAUGCCAACAACAAUGCAACGUUGCCUGUGAUUCACCAUCUACCACCACAACUACAACUACCCAAGCUCCACAAAUUAUCCAAAUCCAAUUGGAAAUCCAAGCUCAAUGUCAACCAGCUUGUCAACAACAAUGCCAAUCGUCGUGUGAUACCCAACAACAACAACCAGCCGCUCAGUGUAAUCAAGCUUGUAAUUCGCAAUGCUCAAAUGCUUGCCAACAAGUUUCUCAACAAGUUCAAGCCGCAUACAAUCCAUACAAUACUCAAUCAAACGACUGUGGAUCUUCGAAUAAUUGCAACAUGAACACUAACACCAACCAACAAUACAAUCCAUACCAAACAACUCAAACCAGCACUGUUGCACCAAUGUAUGAUCCAUACAACAAUCAACAACAACAACAACAACAAUCAAACUGUGCUUCAGCUUGUCAACCAGCUUGUGAUACAUCUUGCACAUCUCAACAAACUCCAACAAUUGCUCCAAUGUACAAUCCAUAUCAAGAUACUACAACUGAAUCUGCUCCAUCUCAACAAGUUAUCCAAAUUGUUUUGCAAACUUCAGUUGCUCAAUCUUCUCAAUGUACUCCACAAUGUGAAUCUUCGUGCCAAAAUCAAUGUGUUGCUCAACAACAACCAGCUUCACAAUGCCAAUCAGCUUGCCAAUCUUCAUGUUCUUCAUCUUGCCAAGCUGCUCAACCAGCUACAGUUGCAUGUGAUCAAUCGAAUACUUCAUCAAAUUCUUGCUCAUGUCAAUCAAACUAUUCUCCAUGUGGAAAUGGACAAUGUUGUCGCAGAAAGUAA